AUGGCCUCCAAAAUUGCACCUCAGGCGAGCCAAACAUGGCACAACGCCUUGAAGCUUCGAAAACAUCUUCUGAAGCAACUGGAAAAGAUCAAAAACACAACCUCGUCAGGUGUCGAUAUUCCGCAGUUAGAAGCCGCCGACGGCACUCUUGAAAAAUUCCGUCUUGCCUGCGUGCAAACCGUUUUCCUCGAUUUCGAAUACGCUGUCAGCGAGAAUACCGACGAGAUCCUAUGGGGCUUGCACACGUCCAUCAACUCUGAAUACCGCCGCAUUCUCAGCCGGUUGAAAUCUUCGUCCCAAGCCGUCGAGCGCCGUAAAACCGAAAAGCUUUACAUCAACUUUUUGCGCAUAGCUCAAAAGUUUUAUCAGGGCUAUAUUCAGCGUCUCUCGGCUCGAUAUGAUAUUCCCGAGCUCCAACGCGUUGCCAAGGGCAUCGAGGUUGAACAAAUGACAGCCAGUGAUCUCAUCAGCCCAGUCCCGUCUGAACUAAAUGCAAAAGUGCUCAGGUCUUGUCAUUCCACGCUGAUCCGACUCGGUGAUUUGGCCCGCUAUAGAGUGCAGGCCAAACAUAAGAAUUCAGGAUAUGACAUGGCCUUGACCUACUAUACACUUGCUCAACAUCUCUUGCCCAAGUCCGGAUUUGCUUUUCAUCAAAUGGGUAUCGUGAGCCUUGACCAGGGCAGUCACCUUGAUGGUGUCUACCACUUUUACCGCGCAUGGGCAAUUAAGUUUCCUCAUCCAAAUGCCAAGUCCAACUUGGAAAUGGAAUUCAGAUCUCUUCAACAGCCCGCGUCAAACAAAUCCAAACAUGCGUCCUCCGGCCCUCAAGAUGCAUUUAUCAUGUGGUUUGUGCGCCUGCAUGCCCUAUUCUACAAGGGCGAGGCCGCACCCCAGUAUAAAGAGCUCGAACGGGAAGUCAUUCAUCGGCUUGAGAUGGCCGCCACUAAUGGGUCCUGUGGUGAUGUUAUCCUGAAAAUGAGCUUCAUCAACAUUGCCGCGCAGUACAUUGCUACAAUCAAGUGCUCUGGUCAGUACCGCGUACAUCCCCGCCGCCAUCGCCACGAACAGCUGCCUAACAUUGCAACAGAAAACAAGAAUACCACCUCAUUACAGUUCUACCAGUACAUUUCCAACUUCAACAUCAAAUUUCUUGCGACUAUUACGACGGUAUUGGAGGAGAAACUUCAGGAAAACAUGUCCGAGGCAGCUGACGAUGAAACUGACAAGACCUCGGGUAUCGCAGAAUCACUACUUCCCGCUCUGCGAAUUUACUCUAUGUGGAUUGCAGUAUCGCGUCAAGAACUCUUCGCACAACCUGCUGCGACCGCUGACGGGUCACUGACUGGCGCCAUGAUGGACACAAUGGCACGAGUUUUCACCCUCAUGUGCGUGGAAACGUACAACAAGGAAAAUUUGGUAUCGUGCCCUUACUUGCUGCCUGAAGAUCUUGACAAUCUUGGCUUUCAACCGCUCAGCGAAACUACUGUCCCAGAGCCGUGCCGCUCGUUCUGCGAGCAGAAUGGCAAAGUGAAACCCCAUCUUUACUCGCCCGAGCAACGCUUGAGCCCGCAGGCGGAAAAACUGGCGCGGAUUCUCGACAUUUUACGCUGCGGCUAUUUUCUUGCCGAGGACUCAACUGUGCCUCUAUCGUGCCGUGUUGUUGAGAAUUGGCUGCUUUUCGAGUAUCAGCCUUCUCAGCACCAGCCAGAGCCACUUGUGGAAGCGCCAGUACCAAUAUUGCGCAAAGAAACGGCGGCAACUUCCAGCGCCAUACAUGUACAGAAACGCCGUUCAGUACAUACCAACCCCCAGGAACACCGUCACGACAGCCCCAACCCAUCGAGCGGCAAACAACAGGAGGUUGUUACAGUAUUACCGAAGCUUCCUACAGCCCCGCCAGCCCCCGCCAACCAGGAUGGCGAAGUCGGCGACGCAGAGAGCACCGUUAUCAAUAUGCUCGCACCUUUUCUGAAGCCUCCCACACCGCAGCCACACCCGGGUCUACGCGAGAUCGAACCCCUUUCAUCGUACGCGGCCCAGCGCAACUCUGCUGCUGGAGACUUGCUCAACACCCAUCAACGCCAGUUGGACCCCAGCCCAACGCGAUCGAUCCCUUCGGGCAAGUUUGAGCCCCUACCAUGGGAGUGGUUCAACACACCCAAACCUGUCCGCGGUGACAACUCGCCCCUGUCCGCCGCAGGCAUGUCCCCCAUCACGCCCGGCAUGCCCCUAGGCAGGUUUGACGACCCCUUCUCCGUCCCCUCGACGCCCAGCCGCGCAGCCAUGGACAUUUCCGCGACCGGCAGUCACUUCCCUCGCGUCUACAGCCACGGCAACAUGCGAGCCGCGGCCGCAGACAUGGGCAUUAACCUGAGCGGCGGCUCCACGGCUGAGCACGCGCAUCGCUCCGCGCUCCUCCAGAGCUUUGCGGCGGCAGCGGCAACUGGCGUGCGACCACCGUCCACGAGCGCCACGCCUGGCGCGCGCACCUCCCCGUUUAGCCACUGGGGAGGCGAGAAUGCCGCAGGCGCCGGCGGUGGCGGACACCGGCACAGCGGGCUGAGCGCCCCGCCUGGCCUGCCCGCUCCGGAAUCGAUGCCCCAUUCAUCGUCGGCCGGUAGCCUGUCGCAGUUUUCUCACCCAAGCAGCAUGUACCACGGCACGCCGGGUCCAGCGGUUGCAAAUUAUGGCAUCGGCGGGCAUUAUCACUUUCAGCAACAACAGCAGCAGCAGCCGUUGCGGAGGCUCUUCCAAGCGGAUACUACGACCUCUUCCUAUGACGAAGCUAUUCUUCGCGCCGCAUAUGAAGGCAGAAAUUGA